GCAAUUAGCAACAAGCUCGCCAAACGACAACAUAAUAUUAUCAGGAACAUCUGUUGUCAUAGCUUUGGCCCAACUAGCUCUUUUCACAACAGGAUUAGUAUUGGAACAGCUUCUGAAAUUCAUCAACUUGCAAAAUAAGGAUGAGAUUCGCGCUGUUUUCCCUGCAUUAAUCAAGAGCUAUCAAAACCAAAGUAAUGUGGAAUUUACGGCAGUUUCAAAAUAUUACGCUAAUAAGGAUUAUCCUUUGAGUGAUUAUUUCAAACAAGAGUCCAAGAAAAUAUUCAAGUCUACUGGAGAAAAUCUUAAUUUCGACUUAGCUGAUGAGGCUGCCAAAAUUAUAAAUAAAUGGGUUGACGAUAAUACAAAUGGUAAGAUUCAAGACUUGGUGAAACCAGACAUGUUUAGUGAUGACACCCGACUGGUUUUCGUCAAUGCAAUUUAUUUCAUGGGUAACUGGGUAUAUCAGUUUAAUCCAAACAAUACUGAAAAGAAAGAGUUUUACAAAAGCAAUGGCGAAACGGUGACCGUAGAAAUGAUGUACCAAAAGAACCGAUUCGACUACACCGAAAACGACCAGUAUCAGGCAAUAAAAUUGCGAUACAAAGGAAAUGCAUUCAGUUGCAUAGUUGUUCUUCCAAGGAAGAGGGAUGGCUUAUUAAACACAAUUAAGACUCUACAGAACCCUAAAGAGUUUAAUAACAUGAUUAAAAAUCUUCAAAGACAAGAAGUUGAAGUUAGCAUUCCGAAAAUGUUAAUAAAAACAGAAAUGAAUAUUGCUGAAAUGCUUCAAAAGGACAAUGUAACAGCUAUGUUCGAUCCAAAUAAUAAGGACUUCGAUGGUAUAUUGGAAAAGAAAGAAGAUAUUUAUGUAUCUGCAGCUAUACAGCAAGCAUAUUUAUCAUUUAAUGAAAUAGGAUCUGAAGCUGCAGCCGCUACAGCUGUCGUUAUAAACACAAGAUCUCUUAAGCCUUUGCCAACUGCAGUAUUCAACGCCAACCGUCCUUACAUAUUCUACAUCAUGUUUGAAGACACAGUUUUAUUCUGUGGAUAUUUUGUUAAAUAAGCAAUUAUUUUUGGCGUUACAUCAGCAAUGUUACCUCCUCCAAAACCCGUUAUAUUUUAUGCUAAUCGGCCU